UCUCCUCGUGAAAUCCCGUGUAUGCUGCCCUACGGAGUUUAAGGUCGGCUCUCACGAAGGGAUCUGCAGUCCCGCCAGUAAAAAGACUGGUUAUAAGUGAGUAAUCAGAAAAUAUGGGUCUUUCAGAAUCAAAGGGAAGAUGUACUUUUGUCUCUGUAUUGAGGCAUAUGUUGCGAGAAAGGGGACUAAAAGUCUCCAAGGCUAUUACUGGACGAUUUUAUGAUUGUAUAGUAAACGUUGCCCCUUGGUUCCCAGAGGACGGGGGCCUUACUUUGGAAGAUUGGAAAAGAUUAGGAAGAUAUAUGAGAAAAUAUCUAUCUUCUCAUAAAGAGGAGACGCCUCCACCUCAGACGUUCCCGUUAUGGGCAAAGAUAAGAGAUAUCUUAUUGGAAAAAUCUGAUUUAGAAUUUUUAAUAGAAGAAGCCCCCUCAGAACAAGAUGAGGACGAAGCCCCCAUAAAUAAAUGUGGCCCACCAAAGUAUAGAGCUACAGGGGAUGAUCCUGAUGAUUGGGAUCUAGAAGAUGCAAGAAAAUAUGAGUCAGAGGAAUAUUACCCUGAGGAAUAUAAUAAUCCCCCUCCUCAGGUAAUGAUUUCUGCUCCUAUAAAAAAACAUGGAAAGCCGGUUCCAAAGCCAAGAAGGUAUUUACCUCCAAUAGGAUUUCAAGGUGCCAUAGCACAGGCUAAGGCAGAAGGGGAUAUGUCAUUUACUUUCCCUAUUGUUCUAUAUGAUGAUGAGGAACCAACUUGCGAAGCUUUGCCUUUAAAAACAUUAAAAGAAUUACAAUUGGCAGUAAAAAGUCUGAGACCAUCCGCUCCUUAUACUAUUCAAAUCUUAGAAAUGAUAAGUACUCAAUGGCUAACAGUGUAUGAUUGGUUUCAAACUGCUAAGGCAACUUUGUCCCCAGGAAAUUUUGUUCUCUGGAGAACAGAGUAUGAAGAGACAGCUAAAGAAGCAGUUUGUAGUAGUUUCGCAAAAAAGAGAGCUAAGCCUACAAUGUCCAUGCUGCUAGGAGAAGCGGAGUACACUCAACCGGCAGCUCAGAUGCGUAAUCUUUUCUCAAGCCCUGUCCCAGCUGCAGACAGAGAUCGCUGUUCUACGGCUAAAAAACAAACAAAAAAGCGGGAACUGCCACGACCACGCCAGUAG